AGCCCGUUGUCAUUCAAUCACAGAGUGACGAGUAAAACACACACAUUAAUCAAGUGAGAUUUUUUAUUCAAUUCGUGAAAAAAUGUCUGAAAAAAUGAAUGAGCUGGAGGAUCCGAACGGCGUUGUCAUUUCUGGAAUUUCCGGUGCGUUUCCAAAUAGUGAUAAUGUUGAAGAAUUCAAAGAAAAUUUAUUAGCUGGAAAUGAUAUGAUUUCCUUGGUACCAAGAAGCAAAGGAGCAGAAGAUGAUGUAAAAGUUGGCUUGAUGAAAACCAUCGAUCGUUUCGAUUACUCUUUUUUUCGAAUAACUCGUAAUCAAGCCAAGAGUAUGACCAUUGGAGCGAGAAUGUUACUAGAAAAAACUUUUGAAGCCAUUCUGGAUGCAGGUUAUAAUCCUCAAGAAAUAAAAGGAAAAAAUAUCGCGGUCAUCUGCGGAGUUUGGGAUACUAACGAUGAAGGAGAUCCAGCAUGGGACCUGAAGCCAGAUAAUUAUAUUGAUGUCUUUGGCAGAAUGAGAUUCAUGCUAGCCAAUAGGAUUUCCAAUUGGUUAGACGUGCAUGGUCCCAGCUAUCCAGUGAACACAGCUUGUUCGUCGUCUUUGUAUGCUAUUGACCAUGCUAUCAAAGCCAUCCAAAGAGGACAAUGCGAAGGAGCAAUCGUGUGUUCAACCAAUUUAUGUUUAUCAAUGGUUGAGCUUUUUAAACAUAAUCCUCUUCUUUCCGGUGGAGGAAACAGUGCGCCGUUCGAUGCUGAUGCUGACGGUUACGUGAGAGCCGAAGCAGUGGUUGCAUUUUUUCUGCAAAGGAGGAAAGUUGCACGAAGAAUUUAUGCUAAUGUGAUUCAUUCGACAACAAAUAGCGAUGGUUUCAAAGAAGAAGGAUUCGCAUUUCCUUCAGUUGAGUCUCAAGUGAAACUAUACAAACAAUUUUACGAAGAAAUUAACAUGGAUCCGCAAAAAAUCGCGUAUAUCGAAGCUCAUGGGACGGGAACGAAGGUAGGAGAUGUUGUAGAAGGAACAUCAAUAGAGCAGUUUUUCUGCGCUGAUCGUAAAACACCCUUAAAAGUGGGCGCAAUAAAGUCCAAUAUGGGUCAUGGUGAAGCAUCUGCAGCAUUAUGUGCCAUAACUAAAAUGAUCGUAGCCUUUGAAUCUGGAACUAUACCUCCAAAUCUCAGAUUUAAUACACCGAAUCCAAACAUCAAAGGAUUAUUAAAUGGAAACCUCGAGAUUAUAUCGAAACCUACACCAUUAGAAGGAGAAUAUUUCGCUUUGAACUCUUUCGGAAUUGGUGGGUCGAAUGGUCACAUUGUAUUAUCACCGCACACCAAGGUGAGAAAAGAAGAUGACUUGUUGAAUGGGGCAAUUCCACGGUUAGUGACUGCAUCAGGAAGGACUGAAGAAGCCGUUGACUAUAUUUUAAACGAAAUCAAAAAAAAACAUGAUAAUGCAGAAUACAUGGCACUGUUUCAUGAAAUUUUCAAAAAUGACAUAAGUGGUCAUCUUUAUAGAGGAUACAUAAUUUUAGAAAAGAAUAAAGAACACCCAUCCUCUAAAAAAUUCUUCGGCGGCGAAAAGCGACCCAUAUGGUUCGUUUUUAGUGGUAUGGGAUCACAAUGGCCUACUAUGGGGAAAUCAUUGAUGGAAAUACCAAUCUUUGCUGAGUCCAUUCAAAGAAGUCACGGUGUUCUGCAAUCAAAAGGAAUCGAUUUAAUAAAAAUCAUCACAGAUGAUAAUCCACAAAUGUUUGACAAUAUUUUAAACUCGUUUGUUGGAAUAGCAGCUAUUCAAAUAGCUUUGGUAGACGUAUUAAGAAAAUUGAACAUAGAACCAGAUGGAAUUGUCGGUCAUUCUGUAGGAGAAUUGGCAUGUGCAUAUGCUGAUGGAUGCUUGACAGCUGAACAAAUGCUUUUGGCAGCUUAUUAUCGUGGUCUAGUUUCGUUAGAAACUGAAUUGAUCCAUGGUACUAUGGCGGCUGUUGGUGAAAGUUUCAAUGUAGUGAAAGAUCUUUUACCGCCAGAGAUUGACAUUGCAUGCCAUAAUGGUCCCACCAAUUGCACUAUAUCAGGUCCAACAGAAAUUAUACAGGAUUUCAUUAAGAUACUGCGAGAAAAGAAAAUAUUUGUUCGUGCAGUCGACACUUCGAAUAUUGCGUAUCACAGUCGCUAUAUUACUGCAGCAGGGACCAAGCUUGUAUCUUACUUGAAAAAAAUAAUUCCAGAACAAAAACUUCGUUCUGAAAAAUGGAUAUGCACAUCUGCUCCCGAACAAGAAUGGAAUAGCGAUAAAGUGAAAUAUUCUUCGGCCGAAUAUUACACAAAUAAUCUGUUAAAUCCUGUAUAUUUUGAAGAAAGUUGCCAUCAUAUUCCCAAUAACGCCUUAACUAUUGAAAUAGCGCCUCACGGGUUACUAAAUGCGAUCUUGAAACGCUCAUUACCAACCACCGUAGAUAAUAUUCCAUUAACGAUGAAAGAUCAUGAGAAUAGUGUCUUGUACUUAUUGAAUGCUCUUGGACGAUUGUACGAAAUGGGAUGCACAAUGAAAAUUAGUAACUUGUAUCCUCGAGUUGAAUUCCCAGUCAGCAGAUCUACUCCAAUGAUUUCCCCCUUAAUCAAGUGGCAACACACGGAACUGUGGCUCAGAGGUGAAAUGCAUACAGACAAUGUCCACUCUACUGAAAGGAAAUUCGUGUACAUGCCAAAAAAUGAAGAUACCGCAUACAUACAUGGUCACAUAAUCGAUGGUAGGAAUUUAUACCCAGCUUUUGGAUUCUUGUGGUUAGUCGUGGAAACGGUUUCCAUGAUUAAAAAAAAGAGCAUAUCAGAACUUUCUGUCGCUUUUGAAAACGUUCAUUUUGAACAUGCGCUAACUGUUCCCACUCAAGGUGCAAUUUACUUCCUCAUUUCUGUUCAUGAACGUACCCAAUAUUUUGAAGUGACAGCGAAUGGCGCUAUUGUAGCAACAGGAAAGGUGCGAAUACUUGGAAUUGCUCACAAGGAAAUGCUCGAUGUUACACCACACAAAAGGGAAAUCUCUCAUUCCAAUUCCUUAGCCAUGAAUAAAGACGAUUUUUAUAAAGAACUUCGAUUAAGAGGAUACAAUUAUACAGGAUCGUUCAAGAAUGUUGAAUACGUGGAUUGCGACGGAAAAUACGGCGAAGUUUCUUGGAACAAUAAUUUUGUUUGUUUUAUGGAUGGAAUGGCGCAGAUCACUCUUCUACAAGUAGACACCAGAGAUCUCCUGAUUCCUACAUUCAUCGGCAAAGUAGUUAUUGAUUUUGCAAAACAUUAUAAUGUACUGGAGUCAUUGGACAAAGAAAAUCCCAAAUUUUCUGUUCAUUUUCAUCCUUACCAUAACUUGUUAUGUUCCGGAGGAAUUCAAAUGAGUGGUUGGAAAGGCAAUGAAAUAGCUCGCCAAAAAAAUCGAGCCACUCCUGUGCUAGAAAAAUACUUAUUUGUGCCCUACAUAAGCGAAGAAAUAAUGAAUUUACGCGAAAUGAUCAGAAUUUGCGUUCAAAUAGCAUUGAAAAACACAAACGUAGUGAAAGCAAUUACUUACGAAUUACUUCAUCAAGAUUACGAUCCCAAGAUGAGUUAUAUUUCCACGGAAAUUGCAGAUGUUUUGAACGAUUCGUCAACAAACGAGGUGCUUCUUCAUCAUGGAUCCAGACGCUCCAGCGUUUUCAUUAGAUGACGAAUUCUACACAUCUCAGCUCGAUAAAAACCUCAACUACAAUAUUUACAAGGACGGAAAAUGGGGUAGUUAUUGGCAUUUGGAAAUGGACCCACCAAAAGAUGUGGAAUGUUCUCACGCAUUCUGCGCGUUGGAAGA